AUGGAUAAGAAGGAGGUGAUGUCUUUAGCGAUCAUCGCUUUCUUGGUGUUGGGGCAGUCCAACAGUACCAGAGCUGUUGAGAAUCCACUGUGUUACGCCCAAUGCCUCACUUGUCUCUACGGUGGCCCGUUGGCGACCCUUAUAUGCAGCGGUUUUUGCGCCGCAAACUGCAUGACGGCAAGUCCUUCAUUACGCAGUGUCCCAAAAGACAAUCACUACUUCUGCAAGCUUGGUUGUGCUUCUUCCUUGUGUGCCAGUUUCAUCACUAGAGAAAACCCAGAGAUUGCGAAAGUGGGUGGCUGUGCCGAUUCUUGCUCAGAGAAAUGCACCAUGAUGAAUACCUUACCACCUAAUUAGAACAAGGACUAGGGGGUUUUGGUUAAUUAAUUAUGAUGUUAUAUAUACUUUCACAAAUGAGUGAAGUUUCUGCCAAGAUAUAUGUAAGCUAAUUUUAAAAUAAAAAUAUAUGGAAGAUAAAUAUUACUCUCAUAUGGAUUGUUAAAGUGUGUUUGCAAUUUUAUU